AUGACGUUAGCUAGGCUUUCAGCUCUAGCGUACAUCCUGAGUGUCUGCGCAGCGACAGCUGCAACUUUGCAAAGCAGUCCCUAUGCUCCAGUCGAAGUUUCAUGCGAUACCAGCAUUCAGCUGGUCAGGAAAGCAGAUGGGCUGUCUCAAAAUGAGACCGAAUGGCUCGGAAAAAGAGAUAAUCAUACCAAAGAAGCUUUGAAGACUUUCUUGGAGGGUGCUACGAGCAGCUAUUCAAAUAAUUCCCUAAUUGCAAGGCUCUUUAGUGAUGACUCCAACGUACCAAGGGUAGCGGUAGCUUGUUCGGGUGGUGGAUACCGUGCCAUGCUCAGUGGUGCAGGAAUGCUUGCAGCUAUGGACGAUAGAACUGAAGGCGCUAAUGAACAUGGUCUUGGCGGACUGCUGCAAGCCACUACAUAUCUGGCGGGCCUCUCAGGCGGAAGCUGGCUGGUUGGAUCAUUGGCGUACAACAAUUGGACCUCCGUACAGGAAAUUAUUGACCACACAUCAGAAGCCACCUCAAUCUGGAAUAUCACAGCAUCUCUGGCUUCUCUCGGAGGGAUAAACAGUUCCCUGACAAAUGAAACAUGGUCUACGAUUAUGAGCGAUGUAGACUCUAAGCAGCAAGCCGGAUACGUGGUGACAAUUACGGACUAUUGGGGUAGGGCACUCUCCUAUGGAUUUUUCCCUAAUGCUGCGGAUGGUGGUGUAGCCUCUCAGUGGUCGUCUUUGAGAGACAACGAUAUCUUUCGAGAUGGAGAGAUGCCCUUCCCAAUCUCUGUGGCUGAUUUCAGAAGUCCCAACACUGCAACUACCUAUAGCAACUCCACGAUUUUCGAAUUCAAUCCGUUUGAAAUGGGAUCGUGGGAUGAAAGUCUACAUGCAUUCACUGACUUGAAAUAUCUGGGAACUAAUGUAUUCAACGGGGUUCCAGUUACCAAGGGGAGAUGUGUUACCGGUUUUGACAAUGUUGGCUUCGUUAUUGGCACAUCAUCAAGUCUGUUUAGCCCUAUGAUGUCGCCAGCUAUUGGUAUAUUGUUGAAUGAAGGACCGCUGGCAACUAUCUUUACUAAAGCCAUGGGUAAUGAUUCCAAUGAUGUAGCCAACUAUUCGCCUAAUCCGUUUAGAGGUAUAGAUCUAGGGUCCAGUGGCCUCGAAAUCUUCUCAAGCGAUGAUUACCUCUUCUUAGCUGACGGUGGUGAAGAUGGUGAAACCAUACCACUAGCUCCAUUGCUUCAGAAAGACCGUGAGGUAGAUGUCAUCUUUGCGUUCGAUAAUUCCGCCGAUACGACGCACGGUUGGCCAAAUGGUUCGGCACUUGUCAACACUUACAAGCGUCAGUUCACUCCGCAGGGUCGUGGCAUGCCUUUUCCGCACAUCCCAAGUCCGGAAGAAUUCGUUCAGCUUCAUCUGAAUGAGCGUCCUGUCUUCUUCGGGUGCGAUGCGAACAGUCUGAGCGACCUCGAACAUGUACCACCACUUGUGAUAUAUGUUCCCAAUGCACAUUAUUCGUUCAACAGUAAUCAGAGUACAUUUAAGCUGGCUUACGACGAAAGAGAAAGACUAGGUCUUAUUCGGAAUGGGUUUGAGGCUAUGACUAGAAGAAACUUGACUGAAGACGUCAGCUUUCCUGGUUGCGUGGCGUGUGCGAUCAUGAGACGCCAGCAGGAAAGGCUGGACGAACCCCUGCCUGAAGAAUGCUCUAAGUGUUUCGCAAACUACUGCUGGGAUAACAUUGCAUCUAAUGUAACAGGGAACGGCUGGUCAAAUUCUUCCUACUUCUUGAGCUCUACGAGCGGAUCUACCAUCACUCUAGCACCGACAAGCAGUACGGGUUUAUUAUCAUCCUCAUCAGCUUCGUUCACUCGUACUACUUCGAUUCACCAAAAUGCUGCUCGGCGCAGCGAGCAAACAACAUACAACAUUAGGCCUCUUAUUGUGAUGGUUUGCCUUCUGAUAGUCGUCAGCUGUAAUGUAUGA